AUUCUUAAGAUUGAAUGGGUAAUUUUUAUAGAUGGGUAACGCAAACGGAAGGCGAAAUCAAUAAUUUAAGCUUAAUUGUUACUAUUACUAAAAUAGAAAGUUCAUCGGAUAAUUGAAAUGGGUUAAAGUUUUUCCAUCCAUCAUCUUCUCCAAAAAUUAUGGCGGAUGAAAUUUUUGGAAAUCGAAAAUAACCCAUUGCUACCAACUUGGUUUGCACCUGCAGCACCACAAUCAAGAAAUUUGACUGAAGGAGCGUGGCGUUUUCCGCAUGAGAAGCAGCACAAGAUAUGGGAAUGGAGAUGGCCACUGGAAGCAGCAAUCCCUAUGCCAGUUAAGCACAUCCCCUGCUCUCCUUCCCAUCUCUCUGAAUCUCAAUCUAUUCUUAAAUUCCAAAGAUUCCUCAUGGAUUUGCGCUCCAUUAAUCUCCAUUUCCUAUUGCUCUUGAUUCUCCCUCUGAUUUUCCCAACUACCCAUUUCGGGUUCGAUCAAUUGCAUCGAGUUUAGGAUUUCGAUCGGAAAUUGAGGGUUGUUUUUCUUUUCCCCUUCCCCAGAUUCUUGAAUUUGUGAAACUUUUUUGUUUCGUUCGUGCUGGAGAUCUCUGUUGAUGUUCGAUUUUAGCUCAGUGUAACGUGGGAUGGAAUAAGGGCUUGUUCAACGGUUUGGGAUUUCUGGGUGGAGACCGAGGUUUAGGGUUUUUGACAGAUCAUGAUCAUCAUCCUCUUGCUGUUAAUUCGCACAUUGGAUCUGGCAGGGUACUUUUGAUUCCUGGGUUUGUGCUUUUCCCUGGAGAUUUACUUCUUCAAGGGACUCCAUUGCUGCUCCACUAUUAAUUUGUUUCUGAUUUGAAAUAGUAACUAUAAGAGGGAAAUCAAAUCAAUGGCAUCAUCUGGGUUUUUGUUAAUCUGUAUGCUUCAUUCUCUGAUUGCUUUAACUUGUGGAGCUUUGAUGAUGUUUUACUCCCACGAGGUCUAUGUGUUUGGCCAUGGCCCUGAAACAGCAAUCAAGCUGCAGGGAUCUAGCCCCCACGAUCAACUUCUGAUAAAGACAUCUGAUUCUUUCUCUGGUUUGCUUCUCUUUACUGUUGGGUUUCUUUUAUUCAUGGUGGCUUUUGUCAAAGAUAGAGAGUUCCAAAGCUUCUUUGCUAAAGGCUGCGUGUUGCUUCACCUAGCUAUGGCCAUAUGGAGAGUUUAUUUUGAGAGGAAGCUUGAGGAUCUCGCCGGAGAUUGGCCUCGACAAGUCGUUGGGGAUGUUACAUUGGCAUUGUCAUGGGUUUUCUUUCUUGUGUAUUCAUGGAGAGAAAAAUACGAUUGACUUCAGGUUCAACUUUUCUUUUAUCUGGCAUUACUGUUUAAAAUUGUCAAUUAUGACUCUGCUUCUUAAUUAUGAUGAGUUUGAUGGAAAUUGAUAUUGUUUUCACUGGUUUUUGCUACCAUUAUGUUUUGAGAAUAGGGGGAUUGGGAACUGGGAAGUGAGAUAGAAAUUGAAGAUCAAUUUGAUUGUUUCCCGUUAACCGGAUUGAGCUUGAAUUUGGUUUCUGUUCUGUGUCUGGAUAUACAACACAUUCAUUUGCUCAAUGCUGGCUAUCUUCUGCAAGAGUGUGCAUUUUGCCUUUCUUUAUGGUUAAAUCAAUGUUCAACUCCAUGCCAAAAUGGCAUUUUGGACCAUGAAUGUGACCCUGGAGUCGUAACCGGGGCAAGGAGCAACUCAUGGCAGGCUUCUAUGCAAAAUGACAUAAAUAAACCAACAUUGCAUCGGCAUGAGAAAGUGAUGACUGUACAACUUGAGCAAUUCUAGGUUGAGGAGUGCCUUUUGAAGAGAUUUUUCUAGGAAGCAUGAGUGUGAUGAUUAAACAUGUGGAAAUGUUUGUAGCAUGCUGAUAAAACAUGCAAUGUGACACAUUCAGAUUGCUAGAGAAGUAGGGAAUUGGGAGUUUUGGGGCCAUCAAGUGCAGAAUCUUGGUCAGGACUUCACAAUUUCGAUUAACUUGUUUGAUCUUUGUGCUAAAAGGUUUGAUUUCCAUCUCAGAUAGCUGAGUUUAUAUAUCUUGAAGGACACACUAACAAUAGUAUCGAGGUUUCAAGUCCCCAAAAUGCAGAUGAUUUUGCCCCAUUUCGAAUACUCAUCCCAUCAUAUUUGUCUUGUGCUUUGUCUAAUCAUGUCAAUGGCGCAGUAUUGGAAUUGGAACCUUGAGAGUUUCUUCUCUUCAUUUAUUGUUGGAAAAAGAACAUCAUAACUCCCUUUUAGCAUGGGGAAAAGUACACUGAUUCUGCAAAUGUACUACGGUGAUUCACUGCGAGGUCGGUUAAUUGGUUAGAGGACAAGUUGCAAAACUAGAUAUCUUUGAAGCCCUGAGAUCGAAUUAUAGUACCCAUUUGUGUAGAAUACUAACAAUUCUGAGUUUUGGAUGCCAAAUGUUGUGGGAGUGUCUGCCCUCUAAUUAAUAGAAGUACACGUGAGCUAGGCCAAACACUCAUUCAAACCUGGGAAAAGUAAAGUCAUCAAUAUGUUUGUUAGCUUGGAGGCAGUGCUUUUAUUUGAACUCUUUCCAUGUCCUUGCCUCAUUGAUGUGAAUGCAAAAUUUCUUUUUCUUGAAA